CUAACCUGUGUGGAGCGCGCGCGCAGUUCAAAGGUCGCGACAGUCGUCAGGCCGCUGCCUCGUUCACGGACCGUCGGUAAAAAAACAGAUGCAGCCGGUGGCUUCCUCCCUCGCUGCGAUAAAUACAGACAGAUGGCGACUCAUGUCUCUAAAUACUCUAAGUGGAUGAUCCGCCGGUAAUCCUGUGUAAACUACCCCACUAUCUGAGGGAGGCCGGCGGAUGUUUUGGCAUCAUAAACUCUACAUGAUGGUGAUCUGGCCAAAAAUGACAUCAAUGUCUUUUCCCUCCAGAGUCAAGCAUCAGUGCCAGCGCUGCCAUCUGCUGUGAGAGCCGAUACCACAGUGACAGAGGCUCUCCUGGGCUCAGAGCAGGAUUACUGAACAGAUUGCCAUGGAACCUGAUGGAAGGAUGGAACAUGGAAAGAACCCACUACAUUUUGGCCCAGAUCUGGACAAAGGAGAAGAUCUUUUGACAUUUUAAUCAAUUUACCAUGUCAGAAAACAUGUUUAUUUUCUCCUGACCCAGUUGUACCUGUGCUCAGUUAUAUGUCAAAUAGUUACAAUGAUCUUCCUGCACCUUCUGACAUGUUGUUGAGUCCUCUUGGCCAUAUAGUCUGUAAAAUGUCAAGUUCUCCCUGAUGCAUGCAGCACAGUGUGAGCGAGGGUGUGUGUGUUGUUGCCCUCACAAAGCUCACUCAGGCAGACUGACACAAGUCAUCUGCAUGCCUGGGUAAAGGCAUCAUCAUCAUCAUCCUCAUCAUCAUCACCAGCAGCAGCAGUAGCGGCGGAGGGGCGGGGAGCUCACAUCCAGUAACGACCACCGACAAACCGGGAGAGCCUCCUCCGGUAGCAUCAGCACACACCAACCAGGGAAGAUGGUCGCGGUGCAGACGUCCCCCACCUCGGCUCCUGCGGCGGAGUGGAUCUGCUGUCUGGAUAAAAGGCCCUCGGAGCGCUCAGGAGAGGACGUGGACAUUAUCCUGACCAGACUGAGAGAGGUCAAAGCAUUUCGGAGGUUCCCAUCACCGCUUCUAGUGCAGAUCUGUGCCUGUGCCUUCUAUGAAUGCCUGGAGAAAGGCAUCACGUUGUUUCGACAGGGAGACAUAGGCACCAGCUGGUAUGCUGUUCUCUCGGGUUCCCUGGAUGUUAAAGUGUCAGAAACAGCCAACCACCAGGAUGCAGUCACUAUUUGUACACUGGGGAUUGGGACGGCGUUCGGGGAGUCGAUCCUGGACAACACACCACGCCACGCUACCAUUGUCAGCAGAGAGACCAGCGAGCUGCUCCGCAUCGAGCAGAGGGAGUUCAAGAGCCUCUGGGAGAAGCAUCGUCAGAGCCUGGCUGGACUGUUGGCCCCUCCUUAUGGAGCGAUGGAGAGUGGAUCUAACAAUGACAGACUCACAGACAAAGACAACCUUAACUCCGACUCUGCAAACAAAGCUCACAACAAGAUUCCCUCAGAGAAACUACAGAGAGCCGGGAAGGUUCUACGUAACGCCAUCCUGUCCAGAGCCCCACACAUGAUUCGAGACAGGAAGUACCACCUCAAGACGUACAGACAGUGCUGUGUCGGCACAGAGCUGGUUGACUGGCUGGUGCUGCAGAGUGCAUGUGUGCUGACGCGGUCCCACGCUGUCGGGAUGUGGCAGGCACUGCUGGAGGAAGGGGUGCUAAACCAUGUGGACCAGGAGCUUGGCUUCCAGGACAAGUACCUGUUCUACCGUUUCCUUGAUGAUGACGAGGAGGACACGCCGCUGCCUAGCGAGGAGGAGAAGAGGGAGAGUGAGGAGGAGCUGCCGGAGACCAUCCUCUUCCUCGCUCAGAUUGGCCCUGAUGCCCUGCUGUGCAUGAUCCUCAGGAAAUCGCCUGGUCAGAGGACAGGAGAUGACCUUGAGAUCAUCUACGAUGAGCUGCUUCACAUCAAGGCCUUAGCUCACCUCUCCAACACUGUGAAGAGGGAACUGGCAAGCGUUGUGAUUUUUGAGUCACAUGCAAAAGCUGGAACCGUGUUGUUUAACCAAGGAGAGGAGGGCACAUCAUGGUACAUCAUCCAGAAGGGCUCUGUCAAUGUGGUGAUCUAUGGCAAGGGUGUGGUGUGCACACUCCAUGAGGGCGAUGACUUUGGGAAGUUGGCACUGGUCACAGAUUCACCUCGAGCUGCCUCCAUUGUCCUAAGAGAGGACAACUGCCACUUCCUGCGUGUGGACAAGGAGGACUUCAACAGGAUACUCAGGGAUGUGGAAGCCAACACAGUGCGUUUGAAAGAACACGAACAGGCCGUGCUGGUGUUAGAGAAGAGUCCUCGAACCUCCACCCUGGGAAGCAUCAAGUACACUGUGAUAUCAGGAACGCCAGAGAAGAUUCUUGAGCACUUCCUGGAGACCAUGAGGAUGGAUAUACAUCACAGUGAACCAGACCCAGCAGUGGAUGAUUUUGUCCUCAUGCAGUGUGUCUUCAUGGCCAACAGCCAGCUCUGUCCUCUGCUCAUGGCACACUACCAUGCGGCAUCUCCGCCCGGCUCUGAGCAGGAGAGGUUGGAGUAUGCGAUCAACAGUAAGAGACGAGCCCUGGUUAUCACCCUGCGCUGGGCCAACACACACUCAUACCUGCUGCAGGAGGAGCCUGCGGCACUCUCUUUCCUGGAGGAGUUGUAUGGAAGUCUAUCAAAUGAUUCUCGGAUGCUGAGAGCUCUGAAAGACUUAGUGCCUGACCUGGAGAAAAUCGUCAAACUACAUUCAGAAGAAGCCAAAGCAACAAAAAAGAAAACCCUCAUAAGACAAUUCAGCAACGGAGAGGAGAGGCUGCAAAAGAAACAGCCCAUUAGGAAUCACGAUGACAUCUUACUAAAGGUCUACUGCAGCGAUCACACAUACACAACUAUCCGGGUCGCCGUGACAGCAACAGGAAGAGAAGUGAUUGGUGCUGUGGCCGACAAACUCUGCACCACAGAUGAGCUGGUGUUGGUCCACCUCAGCUCUGCCGGUGAAAAGCAAAUGUUGAAGCCUAAUGACGUAUCAGUGUUUUCGACUGUGAGCAUCAACGGGCGAUUAUUUGCCUGUCCACGUGGACAGCUCAGCAAUCUGACUCCUCAUCCGGAGCAGGAGGGCCCCUCUGCAGGAUCCAUGUCAACCUUUGAGCUGAUGAGCUCUAAGGACCUUGCUUACCAGAUGACCAUGUAUGACUGGGAGCUCUUCAGCUGUGUACAUGAGCACGAGCUGCUCUAUCACACGUUCGGCCGGCAGAGCUUUAGGAGAACCACGGCGAAUUUGGACUUGUUCCUGCGGAGAUUCAACCAGGUUCAACUGUGGGUCGUCACUGAAGUGUGCCUCUGCGGACAGCUCAGCAAGAGAGUCCAGCUCCUAAAGAAGUUCAUCAAGAUAGCUGCACACUGUCGAGAGUUUAAGAACCUGAAUUCGUUUUUUGCCAUUAUUAUGGGGAUGAGCAAUCCAGCUGUCAGCCGACUGAGCCAGACGUGGGAGAAACUCCCCUCCAAGUUUAAGAAGUUCUAUGCCAAGUUUGAGAGCAUGAUGGACCCAUCCAGAAACCACCGGUCCUACCGACUCACUGUCACCAAGCUGGAGCCGCCAAUCAUCCCCUUCAUGCCCCUCCUUCUCAAAGAUAUGACUUUCACGCACGAGGGCAACAAGACAUUUAUUGACAACAUGGUCAAUUUUGAGAAAAUGCGUAUUAUAGCUAACACGAUUCGGCAAGUGAAACAUUGUAGAAGUCAACCUUUCAAUCCCGACAUUUGCCAACCAAACAAAAACCAAGCAGAUGUGCGGGGUUACGUCAGGAAGUUCUGCGUGAUUGACAACCAGAGGGCGCUGACGCAGCUCUCCUACAGGCUGGAGCCUCGGAGGACAUGAGCUCCAGAUCUUCCACCACCAUCGCCUUCUCUGUGACGUUACGUUAAACAAAAAACAACAACAAUCGAUAUGUCGAUAGAAAUUAUACAACUUGAAUUAUCAGUAGCAAAUCACAACAGUAAAUGACUUCAGCACUGUCAUGGACUCUUGUGGAUCCAGGACUUAUACUGUGCCAUUAAACGCCUCUUCUUCCUGGACAGACAAACUGUUCAGCUGCUCUCCCAUCGCUGUGUCCCCCCCAGACUGAUGGUUUAUACCACAUUAGCUGUCGCUGUUUGGGACCUGUUAGAUAGAACUGUAAUGUAUAGAACUUGAAUCAAUAUCCUGCAUGACUGAACUUCAUAGGCUCUGUGUUCUAUACAGUGGAUUUCUAUCAGAGCGUCCUGUGAUGUUGUGCUACCCCCCCCCCCCGGAUGAGUCUCGUUUACGAUAUAUAUCUGUACCUGCCUGUCAAGCAAAACCUUCUCUCGUGACGGCCCAACUCCGAGACAGAAAACACAGAGAACCCCACAGACUGUAGUGACGACUCCUCAUUUUCCCUGUUGAAUAUACAGAUGAAUAUGGAAUCUAGCACUUAUUUACUCCAUAAUCUACAUGAGCGUGAAUAUCAAUGUCCCUUAACUAGUCAUAGAAUUUCAAAGCUACUUACCAGAGUAUUAGUCAGAUUAAAGCCCUAAUGAUUUCGCAAAAAGUGUUCAAAUUUGUCACCAUUCGACUGUGACCAAUAGAAAUCUUAGAUGGGGAAGUUGCUUGCUCGGAUUCAGCCGAGUCUAGAGAACAACUGGCACUCUGAGGGGGAAAUCUCGUCAUCUCCCAGUUUUUGUUCGGUCCUUGUUCAGUAAUUUUAUUUUUGUAUCUGUGGGUGUAGAUUUUGAGUGUGUUCUUGACAUUGACGUGUCAUUAGUUUUCCUCUGAACUCAGGAGCUUUUGAUGUGAUGGUGUGUCAGUCGAAAACUGCCGUGAGGUUGGCUUCCACCCCCCCAGAGCAGCCUGUAACUGUACUGUUUGUGUGGUCUGCCUUGUAAAUAAAAAAUAGCUAA